AUGAUCUAUACUGCAUGGAUAAGAUGAGCCUCUGGCAGUUCCGUUUAUCCAGAGGCAAAAGGAUGCCUGCAACUAGAGCACUCUUUUGGGUUCCAACAAAGAACACAUAUAUUGCCUAAGGAAACAAUGCUUCCUCUUACAAGGUGCACUGGCUCCUCUGCUAUGAAGAGGGCUGUUCCUGGAAAUGUGCUCUAGAGACCUUCCUAUUUAAGCAGGAUACAAAUUGCAUUGUUAUGCAAUUCCCCUGCUGAGGCCCGGAAAAGACACCUGCAAGAGCCCCCAGCCCCCCUGUCAAUUGCACAGGACUCUGCCACUGCUGCUGUCUUGGAAGUGGCCACACCACUGACAGUGACACAAUGCUUGGGGACCUUGGUGAAAGAGGACAGGGCAGGCACACAGAGAUUACUGCCUUCUCUUAUGAGAGGUGUGAGGCAUGAAGCUGGCCACUGUGGAGAAGCUAGGAGUGAACCCAAGUGGUAG